GCCGUGGCUGUAGCCUCCCCUCAGGCCUGGCCUCCUAGCUUGGGAAGCUGUCCAGUCCUCACUCACCUCCCCCCUAAGCUGGACUUCUCAAGGCCCGAGUUUCUCUUCUCCCUUUCAAACUUCCUCCAGGCUUCCUUACACUCCACACAGACGUUGCUCACCGUUGUUCACCCCAAUUGUGAUUGAAGCAGAGCCAUCUCCAUCUCUUGCUGCUUCCCUGUCUCCUUCCAGACCCCUUCCCACCCAAAGGGAGACUUCCAAGAUCCAAGAUGUCCAGUCCCCUGGAGCAGGCGCUGGCUGUGAUGGUCGCCACCUUCCACAAGUACUCUGGCCAAGAGGGCGACAAGUUCAAGCUGAGUAAGGGGGAGAUGAAGGAGCUUCUGCACAAGGAGCUGCCCAGCUUUGUGGGGGAGAAGGUGGAUGAGGAGGGUCUGAAGAAGCUGAUGGGCAACCUGGAUGAGAACAGCGAUCAGCAGGUGGACUUCCAGGAGUACGCUGUUUUUCUGGCCCUCGUCACUGUCAUGUGCAACGACUUCUUCCAGGGCUCGCCAGACCGGCCCUGAAGCAGAGCUCCUGGCUCCCUGCUGUGGGUCUCUUGGGCCCAGGAGGACUCUCUAUCCCUUUUAGUUUUGUACUCAAUAAACUUUUUUGCUUGUUGA